CGGGAUUUCCUCUUUUUAUUUUCCUUCUCAUCCGUUUCUGAAGGGCACCCGUUCAUACAGUGGGAUCGAGUUUGAAAGGACCAGAUAAAGCAUGGCAGGACACGACGCAGGUCAGCACCAGUUCACUGGUAUUGCAAAGUACUUCAAUGCGUACUCCAUUACAGGAAGAAGGAAUUGUGUGUUGGCUACGUAUGCAACGCUUGCUGGGAUUUUCCUGAUAUUUAAACUGAAACCCAAGAAGCAGAAGGCAAUUACAUCUAGUAGUUAAUUUUGUGAGGGAUUCCUGUCUGCGCUGUGCUGUAUAGAAGUGGUACCCAGCCGGAAUUCUUUAUGAAGAUGGCAACCUUUCAACUCAAGUUGGGUCAUAAAAUAAACAUACAUAGAUGUACAAUGAUGCAUAGAAAACAUGUUUUUAUUUACACUAUGUAAUUGUAUAAAAGACUAUACAUAUGUGGGCAUAAUUGAGGAAACUGAUCCUGGCAGUGACUGUAUAACAAUAAAAUAAAAAAAUCUUUUUCAUUUAAA